AUGCCAACCUAUCUCUGCCACGGCUUCCGAUGGCAUCGCCGCGACCUGCGCAUCUUCGUCAUUAUGAAUAACAUAGAAGAUGCCGCGCCCGAUUGGGUCAUUGGCGAGAACACCGCAACCCUGCUCCUCGACCAAUUCACCAAGAACUUUGAUUUCCUGCCCAAGAUCUCUGAUGAAGAAGCCGAAGCGGCGUCUGAUCCCAAGGACGCGGCGCCUUCAACGACGCCGGCACAGCACCACGACGACAACUUUACCCUGCCUCCCCCGCGAGUACCCAUAGCAUACGACCCUGUGCUGCAAUAUACCUGGUCGCCAGUCAAGCUUCUCGAAGAGUACGACCCGGAAGAGACCGUCAGCCCCGCCCGGCCCUACGCUUACGUUGCCGACCACGUCGUGCGCGUCGACCUCGGCGCCAAUGUGCUGGCCGAGAUGGCCGCCUACGAGAAGGCGACCAAGGGCGGGCGCAAUGCCUGGUUCUCGACGCUGCGCGACAAUGUACAGAGUGGCUCCGACAUUGGCUGGCAUGUCGUCGUCUGUGGCGACAUCGAGCGCGACUACCCGGAUGACGAGACCGAGACAGGAUCUGAAUCGCAAGACUUGCGGCUGCUGCAGCAAGAAUACCCACGGCGGCCUGCCACUACCACCACGACACACUCGACGCAGCCCGAAUCGUUUACGACGACCAGCAGCACGCGGCCGUCGCAAGACCAGUCAAAGGCAUGGCCGUUGCAGGAUUACUCCCACAUGAAGCCUCCACCGAUUCCAGACGACGGCAAUACCCCAGGCGGCGGCGGCUCUGGGCACAGUCGCCGGCCCUCGCUGAGGCAGCGACUAUCAAAGGCCGGGCUGCGCCGCUUAUUUAAGAAAGAUGGCCAGGCCCAAGAGCAGGCCAUGUGA